AUGUCAACAUCAGAGAACACAACAACAGUUAUAGUCCAUGAAGCUAUAAAUGAAGAAUACGAGUGGGUUCAGUUUAACAAACAACUCCGUCUCAUUCGUUCGGUCAAAGACGACAUGUACCAAAUGCAAAGUAUUUUGACAGCAUGUUUUGCUCCAGACACUAAGAAACCACAAGACUGGUUUAGGAACCAAAGCACACAAGAAUUUUUGAGCGAAGCACAGCGAGACAUACUUUUUUCUGAAAAAAGUGAAGAACAGCGAGUAAGUAAAAAAUCUUACUCGCCUAAAACUCAUGAAAAUCGUGAAAAAUUGCCAAACGGUUUGAGAGGAUAUUAUGUACAUAGACUUUUAGUAAAUGCUGUUGCAAUGUGGGCUUCACCUCGUUAUGCUUGGUAUGUUUGUAAACUUCUUGACGAAAUUCAUAGACAAGAACGUGAAGAGCUAGAGAACAAGCUUGAAGCAAAAGACAAAAGCAUUCAGAAAAGAAUACCACGUUCGGUACCAAAAGGAAAGGAAAAGAACUAUAAGUAUAUGAUUUAUACUGAAGAGAUGGAAAAUGAAGAAGACAGAGAUAUGGUUAUGUUGCAUUUAGUCAGAAGAAACAACAAAAGCUUUUACGACCUUGCUAAGAUUUACAAAUCUGA